AUGGAGCUAAUUUUUCGUUUACUUUUUGCUGAUGAGAAUGAGCUGCCGCUGGAAGGGUACACGGGGCCCCAGGACAUGUACCUCGAGAACGAAACCCACAUCCUGGACAGCUGCACGUACCUAGCGAGAGAGACCCCUUUCUUCACGUCUUGGAGUUGCUCUGGGCUCAUCACCAAGAAGGGAGACGACCCUGACAGAUGGCUGUGGGUCGUCUACUACACCGUCCCAAAAAAUCCACCCCCUGGCCUCCCGAUACCUAAAAACGAACUGCCACCUAGCCGUGUGGUCCACCUUGAGAUCCCCAAGGACAUUGAGGGAUCCAAGAGCGUUAUCAGGAAGGCUCUCGAGGUGCUCGCGCGGAGGCAUGCAGCCACCUUGUCUCGCGACUAA